CUUUCUGCUCGUGAGCACGAGGAUCCACGAGGCCGCAGGAUGAAACCUAAAGACAAGAAGAAGGCCGCGAAGGGGAAGCAGUCCGCGGUGAUGGACGGACUCUCAACCGAAGACAUGUCCAAAGACCAGCUGGAGGAGCACAUCGUCCGCCUGCGGGAGGAGCUGGACAGAGAGCGGGAGGAGAGGAGCUACUUCCAGCUGGAGAGGGACAAGAUCCAGGCCUUCUGGGAAAUCAGCAAGAGGAGCCUGGAGGAGACCAAAGCCGAGCUGAAGAUCGGACAGAGGGAGAGAGAGGAGGCGGAGGAGCGCCACCGGGUGGAGAUCACUGUGUACAAGCAGAAGCUGAAGCACGUCCUGUCCGAACAGCACAGCACUGUGUCGGGCCUGAAGAUGGACGUCGGCACGGCCUCCUCGCUGAUCCAGAACCAGAACGCAGUGACGGAGCUGGGGCUGCGGGGAGAGGUGCACAGCCUGCAGGCCAGCUACAGGAAGAAAAUGUUCCACGACGAAAACUGCAUCAAGGAGCUCAAACUGAAGCAGCAGGUGGAGCUGAUGGAGCUGACCAACGACAACGACAGGAGAAUCAGAGACAUGGCGGUGAAAUUUAAGAAUAAAAUGCAGUCGGCGCUGGAAGAACACAACAGAAAGAAGAGCGCUGAGAUCCUGGAGGUGGAGGAGCGAUGGAAAAGCCACAUCGUGACCCUGGUGGAGGAUCACAACCGAGCUCUGUUACACGCCGAGAAUUUAUUCUCCGAGGCUCACAAUAAAGAGUUACAGCAGCUGAAACACAAGGAAGAACUGGUGGAGGUGAAGAAGAAGCUGGUGAGAGAGGAGAGGAAGCUAGCAGCAGCUGGGCAGGAGAACAAACGUCUGCAGAAGUGUCUGCAGGAGGCCGAACAGAAGCUUCCCCAGCUCCAGAAACAGCUGGAAGAACACAACAAGGACAGGACCGAGAUGUUGAAAACAAGAGCCCGAGUGAAGGUCAUCGAAAAGGAUCUGAAGGAUCUGAGCGUGGAGCACGAGCUGCUGCUGCAGGCCUUUGAGAAGGUUCAGCAGGAGCGCGACGAGCUGCUGAAGAAACAGACGGCGGCCAUCCUGGACGUGCAGCAGCUGUGCGGACUGAAGGAGAUGUUGCUGGAGAGGAAGUUGGCAGCGCUGACGGAAACUCUGGAGACGAAGGAGGCGCAGCUCUGUGCUGUACUCUCCGCCUCCAACAUCGACCAAACUGUGAAAAAAACUUGAG